AUGCAAAUCGAGGUUACUUGUCCGAUAAACAUAGCUUUACUCAAGUAUUGGGGUAAAAGUGAUGAUUUAAACAUUUAUCCAUCCACCUCUUCCAUAAGUCUUACUUUAAACCAGUCUCAUGUCGGAACCAGAUCUAAAGUGUUAACAAGGAAUGACCUCAAGGAGUCACUGUUCAAACUUAACGGAAAGAUCAUGCAAUUUCCAGGCAGGCUUUUAGAUGUAAUAAUAGUUGCGCAGUUGCGUUCUAGACUAGACGGAAGGUUGGUCCCUUCUUUUUUGAGUGUGGAAUCUGAAAAUAAUUUUCCGACAUCUGCAGGGAUGGCAUCUAGUGCAUCUGGGACUGCAGCGUUCGGAAAGAUGUAUGGUUUGGAUGGUGACUACACUUCCCUUUCUCGGCGUGGCUCUGGAUCAUCAUGUCGGAGCUUACUAGGAGGGUUUGUGCAGUGGUCUAGCAACCAUACAGACCACACUUAUCACUCUUCUGUCCAACAGCUGUUUCCUGCAUCGCAUUGGCCAGAGCUUAGAGUUCUUAUAUGCGUUGUAAGUUUGCUGUAGUAACUGGAGGCCGAGGUUUAUGUCUUUUAGAAGAUGCUUAAUUACUUCGCCCCAGAUUUACAAUCAUUUAAAAGCAAUUGUUUACGCAGAACUGACCAUGCUACAUAGUGCAAUUAAGACUAGAAUCCUAAUGUGACUGAUCUAGUUGUGGAGGUCUCACGACUGUAUAAAAAUAAUAUGACGGUUAUACGGCCCUUCAUAUUCGUAGUUUUCCCGUGAACGUGAUGAGUUUGAAAAUUAUCCUAGAAAUCAUCGAUCGGUUACUUAAGGUCUUUAAAGCUUAGCACUGUUAUAAGCCAUCUGUUUUCGCCUCAGCUUGCCGGUGACAGCUUUAGAUUUUGUGUUGUUACCUAGUUCAACAUAAUAUUUGAUUUUUAUCUUCUGUAGACUUUUCAGUCAAAAACUUGAUUCCUUACUCAUGAAGCCUUCACGGCUAGUAGUUUUUGGCAAACAUCCACAGACUGUUACAAAUCAUAAAAAAAGGAGACGCAACACGGGAGUAUUAAGCGAGAGGUAAAGAAAGUUUCUUUAAAAUUAAAGUGCACUAAACUUGAAUACAUCUUUGCUAUUUUCGUCGAUCUCGAAAUGGUCUGUAUACUGGGUUCUGGGACUGAAACCUUUAUUUUUUAUUUACUUAAAAACAUUGAUACAAGGAAGCAUUGAAUACAUAGUUGCCACACAAAUCAUUCGAUUUGCGUGAUAGUUGUAAUACUGCACGGGUGGUUUUCUUAGGGAGCCACACCCAGAGCCUUUCACCAAGAGGUCUAAUCCACAAGGCAAUGGAGCAACGUUAAGAGAUGCAGUCCCAUGAUAGCCAGUAACCAACGGUUGGUACAUACGCCAUUUUUUCCUUCAAGAUACUGGAGCCUAUGUGCACCACUGGUUUGGGAUCAGGGUUCUUCAACUCCCCUCGGUGGAUCCUCCAUAUCCGCAGACCCGAUUAAAGAGCCAGAUAUUCGCUUUUCGUUCUCUCGAUUUCGUAAACAACAUUCCCGCAGCAAGAAGGUAGUGAGUAAGAUUUCUUGACAGUGG